GUUUAAAACUUGGAGGCAGGACUAUAUUUGUUAGUUCCGGGGGAUGGCGCGUCGAGGGACCCAGGAAGAGACCGUUUCGAGGGCAAUAAAUGAGGUUCACGCGGGAAUUACUUUUGACCACGGGAAAUUGGUGGACGUGACUCUGACGUUAAUUAGCCACAAGCUCCUGCACUAGAGUCCUUUCGAAAUGAUGCAAAAUUUCCUCAGCUCCGACGAUCCACUCAACCUGGACAAUGUUCGAGCGACGCUUAUACGACUUGAGGACAGCAUCAUUUUCGCUCUGAUCGAACGGGCGCAGUUUGCACUUAAUCCUCGAGUUUACGAGAAGGGCGCAUUUCAAGAGUUGAUCGACCUAGGAUUUAACGGCACUCUUCUAGGAUGGUUCCUCAAAGAGACGGAGAGCUUCCAUGCCAAGGCACGACGAUACACGAGCCCAGAUGAGCACCCCUUUACUCCAAUAGAGUGCCUACCAAAGCCUAUCCUCCCUCUUCUUGAAAUGCCUGCGAUCCUCCAUCCGAACAAGAUCAACGUCAAUCCCUCCGUCUUGUCUUUCUAUACGCGAACUAUUGUUCCUCUUAUCACUCGACGAGCGACAAGAGAUUUCGCUGCUAUGAGCCGAUCCAAGGGUAGGAAUGGAGGCGAAGAGUUUGAGGAUGAUGGCAACUAUGGCAGUUCUGUCACGGCCGACCUCGCUGCUCUGCAACUCAUCAGCAAACGAGUCCAUUACGGGAAAUUCGUUUCCGAGUCCAAAUUCCGCUCUGACCCUGCCGCGUUCAUUCCACACAUACUCAAACCAGACCCUCAGGCUCUUGAGGCCCUUAUCACCAAGCCUGCAGUCGAGAAGGCGCUUCUGGACCGGAUUGUCGAGAAAGCCAGCAUCUAUGGACCUGAUUUAGGUGUGGAUGGGAAAUUGCCGAUUCAGAAUGGGAACCAUUCUGAUACCAAGUGGAGGAUUGACACUGAAACCGUUCGGGAGCUGUAUGAGGAUUGGAUCAUUCCCCUCACGAAGGAAGUAGAGGUUGACUACCUUCUCCGUCGUCUAGAUGGACUUACACAGGAAGAAAUUGACCUGCUUUCCAAAUCCCAAGGGCCUGAGGCAUGAAAACAUUGACAUGCCAGUCAUCGCUUGCUAUUUAGACACAAAUGGCCCUGCCAUUCCCCAACACUCUUAUAUUUCUUGUAUCCACAUAUUUUGUACUAUGUGCGUAUCCCUCUGGCGCUCAGCCGUUGGCGUCCUCAAACAGAGAAAUAAAGUGAGUGGAAGCGUUCGUGACGAA